AUGUCUACUGAAAUCGAUGGUCCAUCAAAAUGUUUACUAGGAGUAUUUGGUGCAUUUACAUUAGGAAGUGCUAUUGCGACAUUAGGUUAUGGAAUAGUUUUAUUAUAUCGAUAUCUUCCUAUCGAACAUAAUUAUGGUGAUUUUAAUUUAUAUAUGGCAAGUAUUGUACUCAUUGCUGUUGGUGGUUUAUUAUUAAUAGCUUUACUUUUGGGUGUAUUUGGUGCCCUUAAAGAUAUUUCAAAUUUACGUUUGGUAACAUUAGUUUUACUUCUUAUUUUCUUUAUAACACUUGCAAGUGUCGGUAUUUAUGGAAUGGUUUCACAUAAAACAGGUCGAUUACAAACAAGUAUUGAUAAGGAAAUAAAAGAUUAUAGUAAAUAUAAAGACUUACCAGCAGCAUCACAGAAAAAGAUUGAUUAUUUAAAUAAAAAUUAUAAUUGUUGUACUUCAUACGAUGAUUAUAAGAUGGGAAAUCUCGAUGGAAUACCAGAAAGUUGUUGUCUUGCACCAGGUUGUACGGAACAACCUGAAUACAACAACAACAAAUAUUUUGAUAGAGCUUGUACUGCUGUUUAUUAUGACUAUAAAUCCAAGGAAGUCUUUUAUAUAGCUAUCGUAACAUUAGUAGCUGCUGGUGUAAUACUUCUUGCUCUUAUAUUAUAUGGUGGUUUAACUCAACGUGCACGUAGUGGAUAUGCAGCUGUCUCACGGGUCAAUUGA